GGCCACAAGAGUUAAACUACACAAUAAGAGACUCCACGGAUGGACGGUUUUGGUUAUCGUUGAGCGAGAGGAAAUUUUGAAACGUUGUGCAAUGGUGCUGCAAAAAUUUUGAAAGGUUGUGAGACGCAUUCGGUUUGCAAAGCUGUUUGGAAAAGAAGCCUCCAUGUUGCAUCCCUACAGAAUGGAGACCUACCUCAUUCCACCUCCCUCGGAGGAAAUCUACGACCCUGAGAUGUACAUACAAAUACCAGAUUAUUAUAAUUCAUAUGUUCUGGAUGCAGAGAUGCAGCCAGAUCAUUGGGACUAUCGCACUCACCCUCAUGGACACCCAGUCGAGUUCGACAACCUCCAGGAAACAAACUUCACCGAGUUGCAGAGUGUGCAGUCGCUGCACCCGCCCAGCCUGAUCCGACAUGACACCAUGCGCUACGACGCAGAGAGUCUGCUGGAGCCAAAUCUGGGGGCACAUCCUCACAUGUUGCAGCAGCAUGUUUUCCCACGGACUCUGUAUUCAACACAUAUGUCCCAGCGCAGCACUGAUGAUGACGAGCAUGGAGGUCAAAGUCCCCCCUUGGAGGUCUCUGAUGAGGAGUGUCUCAGAGAUCAAAUCCCUUAUGUUUCACACGGAGAGAUGGGCAACAAAAAAAAGAUCCGUUUGUACCAGUUCCUGUUGGACCUCUUAAGGAUCGGCGACAUGAAGGAAAGCAUCUGGUGGGUGGACAGAGACAAGGGAACCUUCCAGUUUUCGUCCAAACACAAGGAGGCUCUCGCACACCGCUGGGGAAUCCAGAAGGGGAAUCGCAAAAAAAUGACCUAUCAGAAAAUGGCGAGGGCUUUGCGCAACUACGGCAAAACCGGAGAGGUGAAAAAGAUCAAGAAGAAACUGACAUACCAGUUCAGUGAUGAGGUGCUUGGGAAGAGUCAUUUUGAAAGAAAGUCAUACAUGUAGACACAAGACUGGAUCGUGCACACGAGGUGACUUUUGGGUUCUGGUAUCAGUGGUCACUUAAAGUUACCAUUGUUUGUAAAUAGCAUUAAAAAACGUCAGUGAAAGUGAACAAAGGCAACGUGCAGGUUAAUGAUGGUUUUAUGUAGAACAUUUAUACACCCCAGCACACAAAUACAGUGUAUGGACAUGUGCUGUCUAUCCAUCCAUCCUUUUUCUAUAGUCUUUAUUUUGUCAGACUCACGGGAAAGCUUUAGUUUAUCCCGUCUGACUUUAGCCAGUUUACUUCCAAAGGUAUACUGUUUAUGUACACCAAGGCUAUUUAACUGGCAGCCCAAGGGCCCAAUCAGGGGCUGGAAUGACACCAGACAGUUCAGUUCAAAACUUGGGAGACAAACAUUUUUGCAGCAAAUUCCUGAAACCACUAGAGUCCUCCAGUUGUAUAGGUGAACUUGGACCGCUGUAAACUCAUUGGCAGAUCCUUGCAUUGACACUUUAACAUUUCUAGCAAACGUAGGACACUGGGGUCCAAAUGUGUUAUUUACACAACUAAGGCGUUCCACAAGGCACCUAUGUAAGUCCCCAUCUUUUUCGGCAGUGUACUUUUUUUGUAAUGUGAUUUAUGUAACUUAGGUGUUGCUGUAGCUUGUUUACUUCAGAUGCUGUAGUAGUCUCUUGUUCAACUUCUUUAGUUAUACUAGUAGUGUUCCAUUUUAGGUACUCUCUUUUUCUUCAUUUGGGCUGGUCAUCCGGUGGCCUGUAAGUUCGGCUAAAAAAACCUUAUGAGAGACCAACAUCUUUUCAGAAGGUCCUUAAAAACAGCAUAACCAAAACAAUUUGGAUAAAUAUCCCUUAUGGAGGCAGCACGGUGACACAGGGGUUAGUGCAUGUGCCUCACAAUACAAAGGUUCUGAGUAGUCCUGAGUUCAAUCCCGGGCUCGGGAUCUUUCUGGGUGGAGUUUGCAUGUUCUCCCCGUGACUGCGUGGGUUCCCUCCGAGUACUCCGGCUUCCUCCCACCUCCAAAGACAUGCACCUUGGGAUAGGUUGAUUGGCAACACUAAAUUGUCCCUAGUGUGUGAAUGUGAGUGUGAAUGUUGUCUGUCUAUCUGUGUUGGCCCUGUGAUGAGGGUGUACCCCGUCCAGGGUGUACCCCGCCUUACGCCCGAAUGCAGCUGAGAUUGGCUCCAGCACCCCCCGCGACCCCAAAAGGGACAAGCGGUAGAAAAUGGAUGGAUGGAUGGAUCCCUUAUGAUCAUUUUUUGACACGUGUUGUUCGUCCCAAAUCGAUUAUGGUGUGGAAAUGUCAGAAAAUCUAUUCCUUUUCUUCUUCCCUCCUUUGUAGCCAAGAUAAUGAUGUUUUUUUGUUUUUUUUGUUUAUUGAGUAUGUCAUAGUCAGCUCCACAUCACACAUAUAGUACAUGAUAUACAUACUUACCUCCAGUGAACAGUCUUGUGCUCAAUGGCAAUAUUAUUAUCUCACAAAAAAGAAAAUACAAUUUUAGGGAUGUCCGAUAAUGGCUUUUUGCCGAUAUCUGAUAUUACGAUAUUGUCCAACUCUUUAAUUACCGAUACCGAUAUCAACCAAUACCGAUAUCAACCGAUAAAUACAGUCGUGGAAUUAACACAUUAUUAUGCCUAAUUUGGACAACCAGGUAUGGUGAAGAUAAGGUACUUAAAAAAAAUAAAAAAAAAUAAAAUAAGAUAAAUAAAUUAAAAACAUUUUCUUGAAUAAAAAAGAAAGUAAAACAAUAUAAAAACAGUUACAUUGAAACUAGUAAUUAAUGAAAAUUAAUAAAAUUAACUGUUAAAUGUUAGUACUAUUAGUGGACCAGCAGCACGCACAAUCAUGUGUGCUUACGGACUGUAUCCCUUGCAGACUGUAUUGAUAUAUAUUGAUAUAUAAUGUAGGAACCAGAAUAUUAAUAACAGAAAGAAACAACCCUUUUGUGUGAACGAGUGUGAAUGAGUGUAAAUGGGGGAGGGAGGUUUUUUGGGUUGGUGCACUAAUUGUAAGUGUAUCUUGUGUUUUUAUGUUGAUUUAAUAAAAAAUAAAAAAAAAGGAAAAAAAACCCGAUACCGAUAAUUUCCGAUAUUACAUUUUAACGCAUUUAUCGGCCGAUAAUAUCGGCAGGCCGAUAUUAUCGGACAUCUCUAGAAAAUUUAAUUAAGAAAAUAAAAUAAAAUACAAUUAAAUUAAACAUAUCUAAAAAGGGUAAUGGGAAGAAGUAUAAACUUUUUGAAUCCCCCCUUUUUUACAUAGUUACUUUAACUAAUAUCCAGUUUCCUCUGAACCACAUUUGAUCACAUUCACCUGGAACCACAUAACUCAAUUUGCCCAGAACAAUGUGCUUACAAUUCUCAAUAUAUCAUCAUAAGUAAGUCAUAUAAGUCAUUCAUACCCAUAUUCAAAAUAAGCUAGACCUCACUAUACCGAACCAAAAUAUUAGAUUUGUACAAUUCCUUAAAAUGCUCAAUGUUUGAGCAGUGUUUGAGCUCAUCACUCAGGCUGUUCCAUAUUUUCACCCCACAGACUGAGACACAAAAACUUUUCCUUGUGCUAAAUGCAAAAGCGUGUUUAUAUUUUGUUGUUCCUCUGAGGUUAUACCCCGCAUCCCUUUCUAUUAAUAAACUUUGAAUAUUUUCAGGCAAUUGAUAACUUCUUGCUUUAAACAUGAUAGACCCUGUCAAAUAUUCUAUUAAAUCAGGAAAUUUUAACAGUUUUGACCUUAAAAAUAAGCUAUUUGUGUGCUUCUUGAACCCCACAUUAUGGAUAAUUCUAAGUGCCCGUUUUUGUAAGAUUUUUAAGGGGUGUAUGUUGUUUUUAUAAUUAUUUACCCAAACUUCUGCACAGUAACUUAAGUGAGGAUAAAUGAGUGAAUAGUAGAUGUUUCGAGGGUGUUUAAGGCCCAUCGCUACACACUCAUCUGGGUACUGACGGUACACUGUGUUUUGCAAUACAGUAAGCACACACUGAAUGUGCAAAAGUUAUUCAAUAUAUCCUUGUGUAACAUUUGUCUUUAAAAAGAAAGGCUUGUCCUCAUUUUAUAAUUUUUCUGUUUUGAACUUGCAACUCUUUAUGCUGCCUGGGUUGAUAUACAAUUUAACAUACACAGCGAAGCCACAAUAAACAACUGUAAGUAUCUUGGUGUGAGGUUGGGGUAAACCGGACUCCUUAAAGGCCUACUGAAAUGUGAUUUUCUUAAUUAAACGGGGAUAGCAGGUCCA